AUGACUGGAGGAAAUGCCGCUACCAACAAAACUGGAAUGAUUAGAGAAAAUACCGCUACCAUCCGAACUGGAAUGAUUAGAGGAAAUGCUGCUACCAACAAAACUGGAAUGACUAGAGGAAAUGCUGCUACCAACAAAACUGGAAUGAUUAGAAGAAAUGCUGCUACCAACAAAACUGGAAUGACUAGAGGAAAUGCCACUACCAACAAAACUGGAAUGAUUAGAGGAAAUGCUGCUACCAACAAAACUGGAAUGACUAGAGGAAAUGCCGCUACCAACAAAACUGGAAUGAUUAGAGGAAAUGCUGCUACCAACAAAACUAUAAUGAUUAGAGGAAAUGCUGCUACCAACAAAACUGGAAUGACUAGAGGAAAUGCUGCUACCAACAAAACUGGAAUGAUUAGAGGAAAUGCCGCUACCAACAAAACUAUAAUGAUUAGAGGAAAUGCUGCUACCAACAAAACUGGAAUGAUUAGAGGAAAUGCUACUACCUACAAAACUGGAAUGAUUAGAGGAAAUGCCGCUACCAACAAAACUGGAAUGACUAGAGGAGAUGCCAUUACCAACAAAACUACAGAGAUGACGUUACCAACAAAAAUGGAAUCACUGGAGAACUGA